AUGGACCUCCUCCGUCAGCUCGGGGGGCUCCUCCCCGGCGGCAGACCGCCCCAGCUCCCCCUCGGCCAGGGCGAAAAGGACAAGCCAAGGAGGACACUGGCACAGCGCCUUCAGUAUCUUAGGACACCCCUCAGGUUACGAGGCAACUCGAGCAUAUCUGUGCCUUUGGGCGUCGUCAUCUUCUUCCCCUGCAUCGUCGUCAUCCUCAUCCUCGUCCUGUUCGUCAGGCAUCCAAGCUCCCCAGGCCGCAUUUUGAUGCCCGCCGGUGCCCCUCCCGGCAUCAGGAGAAUCAGCGAAAAGUACGACAAGGUCUUCGUCACCGGCUGCCUCGAGCCCGACACCAGCAAGCCCCGCGUCAAUGGCGCCUUCGUCGUCCUCGCCAGAAACAAGGAGCUGGACGGUGUCAUCCAGUCCAUCAAGUCCAUCGAGCGCCACUUCAACCGCUGGUAUCACUACCCCUACGUCUUCCUGAACGAUGGCGACUUCGACGACACCUUCAAGGACACCGUCAAGAACUACACUUCCGCUCCCGUCGAGUUCGGCAAGGUUGGCCCGGACAUGUGGGGUUUCCCUGACUGGGUCGACCCCAAGGUCGCAAAGGAGGGUAUCGCUAAGCAGGGUGACGCCGCUGUCAUGUACGGUGGCAUGGAAAGUUACCACUCCAUGUGCAGAUUCUACUCUGGUUUCUUCUACAAGCACGAGCUUCUCCAGAAAUACGAGUGGUACUGGCGCUUGGAGCCCGAGAUCAAGUACUUCUGCGAUAUCACCUAUGACCCCUUCCUCAAGAUGGUCGAGAGCAACAAGACCUACGGCUUCACCAUCGCCGUCAAGGAACUCCGCGAGACCGUCCCCAACAUCUUCCGCUACGCCUCCGCCUACAAGCGCCUCAACAACAUCACCUCGCAGGGUCUGUGGGAGAUGUUCGUCGAGCCCCAGCCCGAGAAGAAGCCCGAGACUCCUGAGCCUGGUCUUCCCGAGGAGAUCCUGCGCUCCGACCCCGGCGCCAACAAGCUCCCCGACAUUGACCCUGAGGCCAUGGAGGGCGAAAAGUACAACAUGUGCCAUUUCUGGUCCAAUUUCGAGAUUGCCCGCUUGGAUUUCUUCCGUUCCAAGGCCUAUGAAGAUUUCUUCCAGAUGAUGGAUCACAGUGGUGGCUUCUGGAUGGAGCGUUGGGGAGACGCCCCAAUCCACUCCCUCGCCGCCGGCGCCCUCCUCGGCCCCAAGGACAUCCACUACUUCCGCGACUUCGGUUACCGCCACACCACCAUCCAGCAUUGCCCCGCCAACGCGCCCGCCCGCCAGCUGCCCCGCGAGCCCUACCUCGAGAAGACCACGCUCGACGAGAAGAAGCGCAUCGAGGAGGACAAGUACUGGGAUGACUACGAUACCCCCAAGGAGAACGGCGUCGGAUGCCGCUGCAGGUGCGACACGGAUAUCGUUGAUGUCGAGGGCAAGGACGGUUCUUGCUUGGCUGAGUGGGUCGAUGUUGCCGGUGGUUGGGCUAGUCCUUAG